UGUCUUGUAACCAAAUCAGAAUCUUUGGAAGAGCUGCCAGAAACAAAUGGGAAAACAGUCCGGCGUUUCUUCUUUAAUUUAACUUCCAUCCCCAAUGAGGAGUCUAUCACCUCAGCUGAACUUAAGGUUUUUCGGGAGCAGGUGCAGGAAGCUUUUAAAAAUAACAGCAAUCACCAUCAUCGUAUUAAUAUUUAUGAAAUUAUAAAGCCAGCAACAUCCAUCUCUGAAUACCCCAUUACAAGACUGUUGGACACAAGAUUGGUAAAUCAUAAUGCCAGCAAAUGGGAAAACUUUGAUGUCACACCCGCUGUGAUGAGGUGGAUUGCACAGGGACAGGCAAAUCAUGGGUUUGUGGUAGAAGUGGUUCACUUGGAUGAUGACAGAGCAGUCUCCAAGAGACAUGUAAGGAUUAGUAGGUCUUUGCAUCAGGACGAUCACAGCUGGUCACAGAUAAGACCAUUACUAGUAACUUUUGGCCAUGAUGGCAAAGGACAUCCUCUCCACAAAAGAGAAAAGCGUCAAGCAAAACACAAACAGCGGAAACGCCUCAAGUCCAGUUGCAAGCGACAUCCUUUAUAUGUAGACUUCAGUGAUGUGGGGUGGAAUGACUGGAUUGUUGCCCCACCAGGGUAUCAUGCCUUUUACUGCCAUGGGGAAUGCCCCUUUCCAUUGGCUGAUCACCUGAACUCCACAAAUCAUGCCAUUGUUCAGACUUUGGUCAAUUCAGUUAACUCCAAAAUCCCCAAGGCAUGCUGUGUACCAACAGAACUCAGUGCUAUCUCCAUGCUCUACCUUGAUGAAAAUGAAAAAGUCGUGUUAAAGAAUUAUCAAGAUAUGGUUGUGGAGGGAUGUGGGUGUCGUUAGCACAGCAGAAUUUUAAAAAAUAUAUAUUAGACAAAAGCAAAAAAAAAAAAACACAAGUUGACACUUUAAUAUUUC